CCCCCCCCCCCCCCCCCCGGCCCAUCUCGCACCCAAUGUCUUCUUCCCUUGCAUCAGCACCCCCACAUCAGUACUCGCCCACAGGGGGUAUUGGUUCCUCGACGCCGUCGGGGUCAUUUACAGGCCAACCUUACCCUGUGCGGCCAGGCUCACCCUCUGGAACCCACGGUCAUUCCUCGCGCUGGCGGUCAGUAUUCAAGCUCAACAAGAAUGCAAACGGCAACAGCAAUGGCUCGGCAAAGGGCGGCGAGCACGCCCACGACAACCACUACGACAGUGCACCCAUGAUUCCGGAAUUAGAGGUCUCGUCACCUUUUGGUGCGAGCGACGACUUUGCGACGGCAGUCACCCACGCUGCUGACAAACUCGCCGUGGAUGAGCACGAUGUCCGUGAGCCAAGUCACGAACAGGCAAGCUCGGUCCAUAGUGCACCUUUUGCAAUGUCGUCGUCCCCCUCGGGUUCCAUACCAAGCUCAAACGGCCCAUCACCGUUCCCUCCCAGUGCAUACCCGGCCGAGCCCUGGAACGCGACCUCCACCACGAGCAGUGCCGCUGUAGGUGGUGCUGCGGCGCCAAACGCCCCACUCGGCCCGUCCACAUCGCGCAGUGACAACCGCCCAGACUCGAACGCCUACUCGAUCUCGUCGACCCACACGACAGAUCGCUCGUCGUCUUCCUCACGGUCUCGCAUACCUACCUCGUUCAUGACAAACACUUCUUCGGCGUCCCCCGCCCUCCCCGCAAUCGUGACCGGCUCCACAACGUCUCUCCGCACAACAACUAGCGGCGGCGGUCCCAACGCACAUCCACCACCGCGUUCGCCGAGCGUGGGCGGUGCCGGGUUCAAGGGCCGCUUCUUCUCAACACCGGUUGGUAGCAGCACCAGCGUGGCCACGGGCCAUGACGGGGGCUCCCUUGGCAGAAGCAAGGCUGAAAAGUACAAGGGCUUGUCAAAGACAAAGUCGAGCAGCAGCGCGAGCCCCCCAGACUCGAGGUCAACGUCUCACACGUCGCCCCAUACGCCUGGAAGGAAGCGCGACGCCUCCGUAUCGCGCGAGGAGCCACGAGGCACAAAAUCGCCCUCCACAAAGGGUUCAGCUGCAACGCGCUUCAUCCGCCGUGUCGUCUCAGCACCCAACGCCAAGGCACUCUUCGCCAGUGGCGGCAGCAAGCAUGAUACCCCGAGUGUCCCCCCACUUCCCGUCAAGAUUGUCACGACGCCGGAGCAACCUCUUCCAGUACCUCAGCCCGCACUUGGUGGUGGGUCGGUAGACCUGACGGCAUCGCCGCCUGGAGCCUCCGUCGCCCACAUGCCCGGGUCGCCGUCAGCCUCAGGCAUGUCGACACCAGCGCGCUCUGGAACCCCUUCUCUGCUCAAGCCAUCCAAGCUUUCGGCCACGGGAACCCGCGGAUCUCGGUCACAUUCUACCAGCACUGUCGGCAAAGCCAGUCGCGACCCCAACUUGGGUGUUCCUUUGCCCACCGACCCACCGCACAAGGCUGCCUUCAGACGCACGUACAGCUCCAACUCGAUCAAGACGAGCUCGGUGCAGGUGUCACCCAGCUCGUUCCAAAAGAUCAAGCUUCUUGGCAAGGGCGACGUUGGCAAGGUCUACCUGGUGCGAGAGAAGAAGACGGACAAGCUGUUUGCCAUGAAGGUUCUCUCCAAAAAGGAGAUGAUCAAGCGCAACAAGAUCAAGCGUGCUCUGGCUGAGCAGGAAAUCUUGGCUACGGCGAACCACCCGUUCAUCGUGACGCUUUUCCACUCCUUCCAGUCGCAGGACUACCUCUUCUUCGUUCUCGACUACUGCAUGGGCGGCGAGUUCUUCCGUGCCCUGCAGACCCGUCCCGGAAAGUGUCUUGCCGAGGAGCACGCCAAGUUCUACGCCGCCGAGGUCAUUGCCGCUCUCGAGUAUCUGCACCUGAACGGCUACAUCUACCGUGACCUCAAGCCGGAGAACAUCCUGUUGCACCAGUCGGGCCACAUCAUGUUGUCAGACUUUGACUUGUCAAAGCAGUCGGGGGAGCCCGGUGGUGCACCUGCCACGAUCAAGCAAAGCACCACGAAUGGUGUCUUCCUUGUCGACACGCGCAGCUGUAUUGCCGAUUUCCGCACCAACUCGUUUGUGGGAACAGAGGAAUAUAUUGCCCCUGAGGUGAUCAAGGGAUGUGGUCACACUUCUGCCGUCGACUGGUGGACCUUGGGCAUCCUGAUCUACGAGAUGGUCUUUGCAACCACUCCUUUCAAGGGCAGAGACCGCAACACAACCUUCAGCAACGUGCUCAAGUCUGAGGUCCACUUCCCUGACGACAGACCGACGACGACGUUGUGCAAGUCGCUGAUUCGAAAGCUCCUCACAAAGGACGAGCACAAGCGCUUAGGCUCGUCUUCCGGCGCGUCCGAGGUCAAGCAGCACAAGUGGUUCCAGAACGUUUCGUGGGGUCUGCUGCGGCACAUGACACCCCCGAUCAUUCCGGCCGAGUCGAACGGUGUUGACACUGUCAACUUCCGCACGAUUCGCGACAGCAAGUCACUCGACUUUGACCGCGACGACCAGGACAUUAUCCAUGGUCAGGCUGGUUCCCUUGCGGCGGCAGUACCUGGCACGCCCGGCAUCCAGACGCCCAAGGAGCUCAUUGGUGGCGGCAGCAGCGAGGAACAGAACCCCUUUGGCGAGUUCAACAGCGUUACUCGAGACUUUAUCGACGCCUACACCUGA